AACAGGAAGACUGGUCCUCAAAGCCCAGCCAGUGCCACCCCCGACCAUGGGCAGCGCUGCCCCCCACCAGCUCAGGCUGCCCAGGGCCCCAUCCCACCUGGCCUCGAGUGCCUGCAGGGAUGGGGACUGCAGACACUGCAGGAUGUGGUGCCAAUGCAGUAAUUCUGACACAACUUGUUUUCUGUAGCCUCUUACAGCAUUAUAGAUAUUGCAUAUAACCCAGAUGUUCUGCAGAGGAGAGAAGAAAACCCAGAAGCGAUGGAACAUUUGAUUCAUUUAACGCUGAAAUUCAUAGAGGAACUAUGCAACCUUAUUCUUUCACAUUCAUACAAAAUUGAACCUUUCAAGCUGAAAGGAAGCCCAGAAAGGAUGUGGCAACGACUGAAAGGCAGGCAGCUGCCACCACCCCACCUUGGUCGGAACACAGAGAAGGAACUGAUGCUUGAUCAGCUGCUGCACAUCGUAGAAGAUGAGGACUGCAGCAACACUCCUGUCCUACUGAAGGAAGAAAAUGUAACACAAUCUAAAGUGCAACUGAUAGAGGAAAUCAGCAGUACAGAAGUGCCAGAGGAGCUCAGCACCCCUGCCUAUGAAAUGAUCACUGUGAGGGAUGCAAAUAACAAGCCAGUAAGAAUUAAACUGAAAGUUGAGUUGCCUAAGGCUAGCUCUGUUUCCGAGUGUGAUCUAAGAAUUUCCAAGGAUGACGUAAUCAUCGAUGUCCCUGAAAAAUACAAAUUACAAGUAGAUCUGCCAGAAUUAGUGGAUGAAGAAACAACGACAGCUGUAUUUAAUAAAGGAAAAGGGGUGUUGUUCAUCACAGCACCUGUUGCCAAGCCUGGGCAAUAAGGGCUGCAUUCUUUAGUUUGUGUUCUCAGAUGACAGAACUAAACAAAAGCCCAGAAUGAGAAUCCUGACUCCUGGUUGGUAAUGAGUUAAUGGACCUUCUCAUCUUCAGAGGUGGAUAUCUUAAAAGUUAUAUGUAGAAAAUGAAGUCAGGAGGAAUAGUGGCCCACUGAGCUUUGGAAAACAUAAGUAAAGAUUGUAAAUACUCAAGAAAUAAUUGAAUGCAUUAAUAGUUGUAUGUAAACGCACACAUACACUUAUUACAUCAUUAACAUACAGCAAUAGCAGGCAUUUGUUUGUUGUUGUUGUGAAAUAGAUUAUUUUGCUUACUGGACUAACGUGCAGCUCUUGUGUGUACUUCAUGCUGCAGCAACCAGCAGAGGCAUCAUGCACAGUUCUACAAGUCCUGCGUGUGCUCCUGUUUGCUUACAGACAACCCCUGCUGACCUUCGCUGGAAUACUUUGUAGUUAUGUCACUGACUAUGCCUGACCUCGCUUCUUACCAGUUUUGAAGUCUGUGAAUGAGACCAUGAAACAACAGUCUUUGUACUAUUCAAAGCAUCAUAAGAAUUGAAGUUCCAGGACACUUAGGCGGGAAGCAACCAGUAACGAUUUUGGAGCAUUUCAGCCAGGAAAGCCACCCGCAUUCAUUUACAGAACAAUAAAGAAAUUUAAAGGUUACUAAGAACAAUUAGUAGUCACUGCCAGGAGGAAAACAAAAGGGAGUUUAGCGCCUGUGACAAAUUCACACAUCACCACCUUAUUUUAGUGAAGAUUGUUACAUCACAAAAACAAACAAAAGCUGCAUAUUCAAAAUGCAAACUCUAGAAAGACCACGCAGUCCCAGGUUUUCCUGUUUCUUUGAAACUUUGAGGGCUGUACAGAAGUACCCCGAGAUUUGCAGCUGUAAGAGCCAGCCAGCAGCACUGUGUGUCACCACCAGCACUGUAAGCACACACACAAGGGAUAGACUUGCAGCCCAUCAAAUUCUAUUCCAGGGUCAUUUGGGGAGGUAGCUGCUGGGUAUGCAAUUUACCGUUCUUACUGCAGGGAGAAUGCUAAAGCCUUUAUGAGCCAGAACUUGAGCUGAGCAGUGCAGCAAGGAAGCUGGGAAGACUGGAGCUCGGUGCUGUGUGAUAUCCCAUGCUUAAUGACUAUCUUGGGAUAUCUGUGAUUACAACUGAAGGUUAAUAGGGCGAGUGUCACUGUCAGAUGGAAUGGCUGAACAGCUCUGCUUGUGCCACAGCAGUACAAACAGCCACACGACUCAACAGAAAAGCACUGCGACAUGUUUUAGUAGUUCAAAACAUUUAAUAGAACACAGGCUCACUAGAGAGUCUGGAACCCAGAUAUUUUAGAUCAUUUUAAAAAAAAAAAAAA